GCUGGUUGGGUGCUGUAUUAACGAGCGGCUGCGCAUAGUAGGGGGACCUUGAGCUUGGUUUCCCUGCGAGGCUCGUCAUGGCUUUCCAGCCGAGUUCCGUUGGAAAAAAGAAGGAUGAGAAAGCAAAGAACAUUCAAGUGGUGGUGAGAUGCAGACCAUUUAAUUUGUCAGAACGAAAAGCUAAUGCCCAUUCUGUGGUGGAUUGCGAUUCUAUUAGAAAAGAAAUCAGUGUCCGUACUGGAGGAAUGACUGACAAGACUACAAGAAAAACCUAUACUUUUGAUAUGGUUUUUGGAGCAUCCACAAAACAAAUUGAUGUUUACCGAAGUGUUGUAUGUCCAAUUUUAGAUGAAGUUAUCAUGGGAUACAAUUGCACUGUUUUUGCAUAUGGCCAAACUGGCACUGGAAAGACUUUUACAAUGGAAGGAGAAAGGUCACCCAAUGAAGAAUAUACCUGGGAAGAGGAUCCCUUAGCUGGCAUAAUUCCACGUACACUCCAUCAGAUAUUUGAGAAACUUACUGAAAAUGGAACAGAAUUCUCAGUCAAAGUGUCAUUGCUAGAAAUUUAUAAUGAAGAACUCUUUGAUCUACUUAAUCCAACUACCGAUGCUUCUGAGAGACUACAAAUGUUUGAUGAUCCUCGUAACAAGAGAGGAGUAAUCAUCAAGGGUCUGGAAGAAGUUACAGUCCACAAUAAGGAUGAAGUCUAUCAGAUUUUGGAGAGGGGGGCAGCAAAAAGGACAACGGCAGCAACGUUAAUGAAUGCAUAUUCUAGCCGGUCCCACUCUGUAUUUUCUGUUACAAUACAUAUGAAAGAAACUACAGUUGAUGGAGAGGAACUUGUUAAAAUUGGAAAGUUGAAUUUGGUUGAUCUUGCAGGAAGUGAAAAUAUUGGUCGUUCUGGGGCAGUUGACAGAAGAGCUCGGGAAGCUGGAAAUAUUAAUCAGUCUCUUUUAACUCUAGGAAGGGUUAUUACUUCCCUUGUUGAAAGAGCACCACAUAUUCCUUAUCGAGAAUCCAAACUAACUAGAAUUCUACAAGAUUCUCUUGGGGGGCGUACAAAAACAUCUAUAAUUGCCACAGUUUCCCCUGCAUCAGUCAAUCUGGAGGAAACAUUGAGUACUUUGGAGUAUGCUCAUAGAGCAAAGAAUAUAAUGAAUAAGCCUGAAGUUAACCAGAAGCUGACCAAAAGAGCUCUUAUUAAGGAGUAUACAGAAGAGAUAGAACGGCUGAAACGAGAUCUAGCUACGGCCCGAGAGAAAAAUGGAGUCUACAUUUCCAAUGAAAACUACAAUGCUAUGAAUGGCAAAUUAAUUUUUCAAGAGGAGCAGAUUGCAGAAUAUAUUGAAAAAAUUAGUAUUUUGGAAGAAGAGCUUAAUAGGGUCACAGAAUUGUUUGUGGAUAAAAAAAAUGAACUUGAACAAUGUAAAUCUGACCUGCAAUGUAAGGAGAAAGCACUUGAAGACACUCAAAAAAAUUUACAAGAAACCAAAUUACAACUUGUUGAAGAAGAAUAUGUCACAUCAGUUUUGGAAAUCACUGAGGAGAAACUUCAUGAUACUGCCAGCCAGUUACUUAGUACUGUUGAAGAGACUACAAAAGAUGUAUUUGGUCUGCAUUCAAAGCUGGAUCGUAAAAAAGCAGUUGAUAAGCAUAAUGCUGAAGCCCAGGAGAUAUUUGGCAAAGACCUGAAUAACUUAUUUAAAAAAAUGGAAUUCUUGAUAAAGGAUGGCACCAGAAAGCAAAAAGCCAUGUUAGAUUCAUAUAAUACUUUAUUUGGUCGUCUAUUAUCUACUAGCUCCUCUGCACUAGAUAGUAUUACAACAACUGCACUUGGAUCUCUUACCUCAGUCUUAGAAAAAGUAUCUGCCAAUGUUUCUCAAAUUUCAAAUGUAAUGUUAAAAGAAGAAUCCAUAGCAACUGAAAGUAAAACUGUCCUUCAGAAAUUAUUGGAAGAACAUAAAACUCAGCUUGAUAAAUCACUGGAAAUGACUCUUUCCCCUGUGGUGGCAUCUCUAUUGGAACUCAACUGUCACAUGAAUCAUAAAUUCAAGAUUUUCCUGUCAGUAGCUGACAAGAUAGAAGAUCAAAAAACGGAAAUGGAUGAUUUUCUCAGCAUACUUUGUAAACGACUACGUGAACUACAGGAAAAUACUGUUGCUUCCUUGACUGAAUCUCAGAAGCAUUGUGAGACCUUAACAAAUGAACUGAAGACACUGAAGCAAACCCAAUCACAGGAACUUUGCCAGUUAAUGAAUCUUUGGGCACAAAGAUUCUGUACCUUGGAGGAGACAUGUGAAAAUAUCAAGAAGCCCCUCAGAAAUAUUCAAGAAAAUACACAACAGCAUUCCAAGGACAUCAUAAGCAGUACAGCUUCUCACAACAAAAAAUUCCUUGCUGUUUCUGAUGAUCUAUCACAAGAGCUCAGAUAUUUUAAUCAUCAAAGUUCUGAGUUGGUUGAAGAGUCUAUUAAACAUUGUGAAAAGCUCAGUUGCAGCAUUAAAACAGUGUCUCAAGAGAGCCAUCGGUGGUGUGAUGAAAUGAAUACAAAUGCUGUCCACUUUUCAGAUCAGUGGAUGUCUGGCUUACAUAAAAGGAAAGAAGAACUUGAUAAUUUACUAAAGGUUGUAAAGCAAGAUUGUGUUAUGUCCAAUUCAGAGAUCAUGGAAAAAGUCAAUGGACAAAAAGCAGUACAAGACAGCCAGCUAACCUCUUUUCACGAUGAGAUAACUAAUGACAAGGAAAAACUAUUGGAACAGAGUCAAGAACUUAAUGAUAUCAUGAAAAGUGGCUGGAAUAAACUUAAUUGCUUCUUGCAGCAGGAUCUGAAACUAGAUAUUCCAACAGGUACAACCCCACAAAGGAAAACAUAUUCAUACCCAUCCACACUGCUGAGAAGUGAACCUCGGGAGCAACUCCUUAAUCAGCUAAGACUGAAACAAUCUGAGCUAUUAACGCCAGUAAUUAAUAAAGCAGAAGACCCUAGACAGGACUUAGAUGAAGAGAAGCCCAUUCUGGAGCUCACUGAUGAAAAUAUAAGUGAAGAACCAACAGUGGACAGAAGCGUGUAUGAUUCUGUAAAUGGUGGCAUCCCUUUUUUCCAGCAUAAAAAGUCCUCCAGAAAGGAUAAAGAAAACAGAGCUGUAAACAUUGUGGAAAAGUCAAAAGUGGAAGAAAUUCUGGAACAUUCUGCGGUUAAAUCUAAACUACCUUUAAGAGCCCAGAUAAAUAAUUAG